AUGAAUGAAUUCUCUAAGAUUAGAUUGAUUGACACUGGAAAUAUAUGGCCACCAAUAAAGUUGAAGAGACGUAAAAAUACUCCUCGACGCAAAAUGGAAGUGUUCAAUGUCAUUGAUGUGUAUACACGGUUUUACUUAGGUAAUGAUUUACUUCAAGGAGAUAUAAAAUACGAUGAUGAAUGCGAUCCUGAUUUGGAAAAUGCUGUAAAUGUUAGUAAACGUAUACAGAAUAUGCUACAAUUCGCACUACCUUAUAGAUGGAUGCUAUGUGAAUUUUUUUAUUCACUUACUGACUAUUCGUUUUUUUAUGAGCAGGAUGACUUUCAAUUGUUAUUAGAGAAUAAGUUGCCCGAUUUUAAAACUAGAAAUCUUACACGUAUUGAAUGGCAAAAAAUUCGUUCAAUUUUGGGUAAACCCAAACGCUUCACAGACCGCUUCAUCAAUAGAGAGCGCUCAGAGUUAGAACGCAUGCGGCAAAUAAUACGAUAUGCUCAACUAUCAAAAAUUAGAAGUGAUGAAUGUAUGCCCAUGGCUUUGGAUAUACCAGAUGAAAUACCACAUGUUCUGCCUGUGAACACAGAAGUUUCAGUGCUUUUGCGUAGCCCAUGGGUUGGCGUUUAUGAUGGAAUCGUUACUGCAUUUAAUAGCGAUACAUUUACAUAUGAAAUUCAAUUUUAUUGUAAUGAAAUAGGAACGCAAUUUAUAAAUGACAUUAAUAUAAUGUGGAAAAAAACUUAUGCAACAUUCUCUAUCGAUGAGCCCAAUUGGAAUGUCAAAACAGAAUUUGAUUGUAUUGAAAAAAAUAUUAACAUCAAUGAAAAUGAAACCACCACAACCGGGGAAGCAGUUCAACGUUCUCCUAUUCCAGAAAGAUUAGAAGAUGAUUGCAUUAACGGACAUCCAACUAAACUUAUCAAAGCUCUUAUGCUUUUAAAACGGACUGUAGCAAAUAAAAAAGAAAUUGUUGAUAAAGUACGCGAUCUAAAUGAUGAAGCUGAAAAUACCUUAUAUCCAAAAAUUGGUCAAAAGUCAGUCAAUGAUUCUCGCAAUUCACGUGGCACUCCACUCGAACUCAGUGUAGAAUUUAAGGAACGUUACACUUCACUUAUUGCAUCUUUAAAAAAAAUAAAUAACAACAUACAUGAAUAUACCAAUGAGUUAUUAACAUAUGCUCCAGAACUUAAUCCAGCAUCAGAUGAAAAAAUGUCACCGGACCCUAUGUGUAUAAGGGAAAGAUGUUGUAGUGUUGCCGAAGCUGCUAUACGUCAUAACAAUAAAGGCUUGGUUGAAAAUAAGAAUAUAGUUUCACUUAUCGAAAAGUUCUCCAUUGCUUUGUUAGCAGCUUCGGUUCCGUGCACUGAUGCCAAUACACAAGGAGUGAAAGAUAUUAUGGAUUAUUUUAUCGAAGAAACAAAGUCCCUAGUUACAGAAGACAACAUUAAAGACUUCGAACAACUAAUAAAAGUUCCUUUAAACAAUUUACGCCAGACAAAUAACCAGUAA